AUGGCGGCGGCGGCGAUGGUGUUUCUUGUGUUCGCGCCUUGCCUUGCACAGGCCGAGGAGCGGCCGACGGCGGCGCACCCGCACGGGCUCCCCUUCGAGAGCCCGCUGGCGCUGUCGCCGGACGCGUACGAGUUCUUCCACCCCAGCGAGCGCGCCCGGCGCGGGCACGCCGCCGGGGCGGCGCCGGCGCUGUCGCCGCGGGCGGCGCCGCGCGGGCAGCUGAGGGAGUCCGCGGCGAGCGUGGCGAGGGCCGACCAGGAGGAGGGCGGCGUGGCGCCCGCCAGGAAGGUCGGCCGCGGCUGCGCCCGGGCAGGCACGGUGGCCGGCGUGGUCGCCGGCGCCGCUGCCGUGGCGGCGUUUGCGGCGCUCGCGGUGGCGUACGCCGUGGCGCGGCGCCGCGUGGGCGUGGCGGCGCACGGCGACGCCGAGGCGUGCGCGCGCGCGGCGCCGAAGACGAGCGCCUAG